AUGCGGAAGCUCAUCUUUCAUUCGCACAUCAUCUCUCCUCAAGCCAAUAAGCCAGUCAUGGGUAUUGCCCAAGACACGUUUUGCAGCAUUCGGAACUUCACCCUCCGCGAUACCUUCCUUGACUGCAACCAAGUUCAAAACAUCUUACUCUGGGUUCCUGAUUGGGACGGACUAGUUCCAACUCCUGCAAUUCUCAAGCCCAAACUUCUCUGGUCCGGCAAGCAGAUGGUCAUUCCUCGCGGCAUCAACAUCCUGCGUGGCGCUGAAGACAAGAGCAACAACCGAGUGUUCGACGAUGGCAUGCUGAUUGAAAACGGCGAGAUCAUAUUCGGAAGCGUGGAGAAAAUGACUGAAGGGCCGGAGGCUACUCCAGGGAUUCCUUUUGGUUUCAAGCACCAAACCUUGCCACAUUUCACGAAGGACGAGUUUAGUCCAGAGGCUCGCGGUUCCGUGGAGAAGUCAUAUCUGCGCGGCUUAACGCCCCGGGAGUUCUUUUUCCAUGCUAUGGCUGGUCCUGAAGGUUUGAUCGAUACGGCCAUCAAGACAGCAGAGACGGGCUACAUCCAGCGGCGAUUGGUGAAGGCACUGGAGGAUGUGGUGGUUUGCUACGAUGGUGCGGUUUAG